AUCACAUCUGCCCGGUAGUUUUCGUAUAUCUCUCGUCGCCUCCGUCCUUGGGCACAAAAAAGCCUCCCAAUACUCGCUGCAACCGCCGCCGCAAGUCAUCACCGCCGAUUCACUUAAACCUUAUAGAUUCCAGAUUUGAGUAGUUUCCAGUAAUAAGGUGGAAAUUAAGCUGAUUGAUUUGGGGGAGAGAUGUCUGUCACAGCAGGGGUGAGUGAUACUGUUAUAGCUGUUCGGGAGAAACUUCGAGGUAAAAUUGGCCAGACGAAAGUGAAAAGGUAUUGGCCUGGUAAAGCUCCAGAAUGGGCAGACGAAGGGGAAGAAGAUGAGGGUAUGAGGAUGUCCAGGGCUGCUGCCCUGGAGAAGACCUUCCCCAGCCACGAUGGAUCAGAUGCUGGAAGGAAGGAUGACCCGAGGUUGAGGCGUCUGGCGGAGAGUAAGAUAGACAAUCGCGAGGAAGUAAGAGCUGAUCAUAGACGCAUCCGUCAAGCGGAGAUCGUCUCAACUAUUGAAGAGGAAACCAGAAGACAGGAAAGGAUCGUCGAGGAGGAAGAGAAUGAGGAUGCCAUGGAAGAGAAGAGGAGGAGAAUUAGAGAGAAGUUGCUUCAAAGGCAGCAGGAAGAGGCUCUCCCUGAAGAAGAUGAAGAAGAAGGGGAAGAAGAUGAGGAGGAAGAAGAAGAAUCGGAAUAUGAGACUGAAUCGGAUGAAGAGACUACUGGAAUAGCAAUGGUAAAACCUGUUUUCGUGCCCAAGUCUGAGAGAGACACGAUAGCUGAGCGUGAGAGGAUUGAGGCUGAAGAACUAGCUCUGGAAGAGAUGAUGAAGAAGAGGUUGGAAGAGAGGAAAGUUGAGACAAAGAAAAUUAUAGUUGAGAAGAUUCGGGAGGCAACAGAGAUUCAGAAGAACCUGGAAUCGGAGGCUAACAUUGCCGAUGUAGACACUGAUGAUGAGUUGAAUGAGGCAGAAGAAUAUGAAGCCUGGAAAGCACGAGAGAUUGCCAGGAUUAAGAGGGAGAAAGAGGACAGGGACACUGUUUUGAAGGAGAAGGAAGAAAUAGAGAGGCUAAGGAACAUGACUGAGGAAGAGAGGAAGGAGUGGGAGAGGAGGAACCCUAAACAGGGUGCUCAAACCAAGCAAAAGUGGAAGUUCAUGCAGAAAUACUUCCACAAGGGUGCGUUUUUCCAGUCAAAUCCUGAUGACAAAGCUGGAACAUCUGGUGCUGAUAAUAUCUUCAGCCGUGAUUUCUCUGCACCAACCGGAGAGGAUAAGUUGGAUAAAACUAUAUUACCCAAAGUCAUGCAGGUUAAGCACUUUGGUCGUAGUGGAAGGACAAAAUGGACACAUCUAGUCAAUGAAGACACAACUGACUGGAACAACCCGUGGACUUACAAUGAUACACUUCGGGCAAAGUAUAAUGCAAAGAUGGCUGCUGUAAACACACCUAUUGCAAAGCCCAAGGGGAAGAAGUUGAAGGAUUGGGAAACGCGUUGAGGUUUAUGUUUUACUUUGUACAACAACAGAGUUUUGAGAAAGAGAAGCUGGAAAGAUAUAUGUCGUUCAGGUAAUAAUGAAGGAAUUCCAGAGUGCAAUAUUUGAUGCUAGCGAGUUAAAUCUAAAGUAGUGUAAGCACACUUUUGUAUUUAUGCCAAUCUGAUAUGCGGCUGUCAUCUGCUUGAAUCACUACUAGAACUAUUUGACCGAUUUUAUUAUUGCUAAUUUGCUAUUGACUGAAGUUUCUGCAUGGUAUAAGGCAGUGCGGGAUUCUGAGAGUUGGUGACUGAAUUCUAAUUUUUGCAUAUAAGAAUCUUAUGAAUUGAGUUUAUUUAUGGUGCUUUCACA